UGGUAAAUGGAGCUGCCACGACGGGGUUCGGUGCUUGGUAGCGAAUCGCGGGGUUUUUAUUUCACGCUACGUUUUGCGAACACGCGGCCGCGCGAGACCCGCUGCACCGACACGAAUCUUUCGGGAAGACUUUCGAUCUCGCUGAACCGGACCGGAUGAGAAAGCUGCUGUGAGAGUGUUUCGAAGUGUGUGUGUUGUGUUUACGUGGUUGUUCCCCCUGAGCUCUGGAUCAAGUGAAGUGAAUUAUUUUACCUUAAAAAGUAGUGGAAAUAUGCUGCAGAACUGUGAUCGUACAGAUGAAAUGUCAACAGUUCAGUUGCCGUGGUCCAGCUGAUUGAGGUGGUUCCGUGUGAAAAAAGUUACAUCUCAAACGGGAGUGAAGAAAAGAAAGAAAAGUGUCCAAGUACACUAUGCCCCGUAUGCAAUGACUUGCUGCUGAUAGGGGAAAAAAGGCCAUCUGACGUUACCUCACCUCAGCUAACUAAGAAGCUACCAUUAACGGCGUGAGAGAAAUUAUGAACAUCGUAAGAACUCACAAGCGGACAUAUCAACGGUUGGCUCAGAACGAUUUUGAAACCAGCCGGGAUCUGGUGUCGGGCGGAAGUAGCGAUUCUGAGCCAGGGGAGUACGCCGACAGUGACGAUCCCGAGGCGACGCUAACCACAGGCCGCAGAUGGUUGCGGACGGCGCACGGUGUCAUCGUAGACGUUGAUCCACUGCGUGCGGCGAGGGGUAAGGCGAACAUGAAAGCAGAUAUGUAUAAGGAACUCGUCAGCUCUGGCAAACGAAGCCUUCGGUGGUACCUUCUGCUCGGUACGGUUGCCGUCAUCGUUACCGUAGUUACCGUCGCACUCGUCGUCAUCCUAACGGCCAGCAACGAUGAAGAAAGUGGUCCAGAAACGGCCCCGAUCAUCCGCGAGGGAGAACCGAUCACGUUGGAAGAUUUCCUGCAGGGUCGCUUAUCGGCUGCCGGUUUUACCGGUACCUGGACCGCGAAUGGGAAGAUCAUCUUCCGCGAUGACUUCGGUUCGGUGAUGGUGUACGAUCCGGAGCAGAACGACACGAAAACACUGCUCGGUGUGGCGAACGAGGAGCAGCUGCAGGGCUUCAAGUUUGAUCUCUCACCCGAUGGGAAGUAUCUGCUGGUGGCGCGUGGCUACAGUAAGAUCUUCCGGCACAGCUACCUGGCGCUGUACGAUAUCGUGGAUAUGACGACCAAGCAGGUCUUCCCGAUAACAGUUGGCGGACAAAGGCGCGCCCUGAACCUGGUCGAAUGGAGCCCUGUGAACCACUCGUUCGUGUUCGUCUACCAGAACAAUCUGUACUACCGGGAAACGCCAUCCGCGGCGGAGGUGCAGAUCACAACCGACGGUAGCCCAAGCGUCUACAACGGUAUCCCGGAUUGGGUUUACGAGGAGGAGGUGUUCUCCACCAACAUUGCCACCUGGUUCUCACCCGACGGUGAGCGUAUCGCGUUCAUUCGCUUCAACGACACGGAAACGCCGCUGAUGAAGAUCCCCAUCUAUGGGCCACCGGGCAACCCGGACUAUCAGUAUCCGCGUGAGCUUUCACUGCACUACCCAAAGGUGGGUACGAAAAAUCCCGAGGUGCACCUGUUCCAGUACGAUCUGCGUGCACGCAAGCUGCAGGAGAUUGAGCCACCGGGCGAGCUGGUGAAUCAGAACCGUGACCACAUCAUUACGAGCGUUGGAUGGACGAAGGAACGGCUCAUAACGAUCUGGAAGAACCGCGUCCAGAAUCAUGCGAUUAUACGUUCCUGCACGCCGGACGUGGUGCCCGGAAUGCCCCAAUGUAGGACGGUGCAUGAAAUUAGCCAGAUGGGCGGAUGGUUGGAUCUGUUCAGUGCGCCGGUGUUUAACGGUGCCGGAACACACUUCCUCAUCAUUGCUUCUUCACGCCAAGGUGCUGCCGGUGACUAUAAGCACGUGACGAUGGUCUCCACCACAGAGCGUACGGCUGUAGCGUUGACGAAGGGGACGUUCGUUGUGCAGGACAUUCUGCGGUGGGAUGCGGAAAGCAAUAUGAUCUUCUACACGGCCAACACGGCGGAAGAGUCGCACGUGCUGCAUGUGUACGCGAUGGAUGGUGGACAAGCGAAUGCGGUUCCUCAGUGUUUGACCUGUGAUGUGGAGGUGGGUGCGAAGCAAAGCUUCUUCAACGCACAGAUGAGUCCGAACGGUGGCAAUUAUUUGGUGCUGGAAGCGCGUGGUCCUAACGUACCGUGGACGCACGUGUUCCAGUGGAGUGUGACCAACAAGGUUGUGCAGCUGAAGCUGAUGAAGAUUUGGGAAUCGAACGACUAUCUGCAGCGUGCGCUCAAGGGUAAAGCGAUACCGCGGGUAGAAAUACACGAGGUUGAGCUCGACAAUGGAUUCACGGCGAAGGCUAUGCUGCUCAUCCCACCCGGAACGAAUACUUCCAGCGCCGCUGUUAAGCACCCGAUGCUGGUGGAUGUUUACGGUGGUCCAAACUCGGCAAAUGUCGUUGGCACGUGGUCGAUCGGUUGGGGAACUCAUCUAGCUUCGAACCGGUCGGUCGUGUACGCCAAGAUUGAUGGCCGUGGUAGUGGACUGCGUGGUGAUAAGCUUUUGUACCAGAUCUACCGUAAGCUCGGUACUGUGGAGGUACAGGAUCAGAUUGAAGGAGCGAAGAAGCUGUCGGAAAAGCUUCCCUUCAUUGAUCCCGAAAGGAUCGCUAUCUGGGGCUGGAGUUACGGUGGUUACGCUUCCGCGAUGGCACUCGCACAGGACACCAAACACGUGUUCCAGUGUGCCGUGUCGGUGGCGCCCGUUACCGAUUGGCUGUUCUACGAUUCCAUCUACACGGAGCGUUACAUGGGACUGCCGUCGGUGGCUGACAAUCGGCAUGGUUACGAAACAUCCCGACUAACUGCCCUGCACGAAAGGUUCCGCAACCGGACGUACCUGCUCGUGCACGGUACGUACGACGACAACGUACACUUCCAGCAAGCGAUGCAACUGUCCCGCGCACUCGAAACGCACGACAUUAUGUUCAAGCAGGUGAGCUACCCAGACGAGGAUCAUAGUCUGGCAGGUGUGCGGCCCCAUCUUUACCACACGCUUGGUAAAUUCUUCAGCGAGUGCUUAAAGCUAGACUAAAGCGGCAAGGCGGGCAGCGGCAACCGAACGGGCGUACUGAGUAUUGUGUUCGCAUUCCACAACAAUCCUUGGGCGGCUCACCCUUAACUCCUCUCCUCUACUCGGUUUUCUUAUCGGUUUCCGUUCCAAUGCUGUGCGUGAGCUCGCAAUUCCCUUCGCAGUGAUUUGUUUUUAGGGGUUUAAUGCUUGCAAUGGGGUUUGUUACACGCAUAAAGCAUUAUGCCUGUACAUACUAGUUAAGGGAUAGAAAGAGAGAGAGAGAGAGUUUCAGAGAGAGUUUGCGUCGCAAGUGAUCAGUUCCGCCAGGGAAGCAUUUGUGUCGUUAGUGGAGAUGAUUGUUUGUUUUGUUUUUUUUAAAUAGUGGAAAAUCGAGAAGAAAACAGGGAUGCUGUAACAUGUUUUGAAACUGUGUACAUAUAGAGAGGCCGGGUGUUAAGAAUUUGAACAGCAGCAGCAUGAGCAGCGAUGAAAAUGGAAGCGAAAGAGCGAUGAUGCAGGUGCAAGUAGUACAACGUGUUUGUAAAACACUAGUCAAAGAAUUUUUAUCUUUUUCUCCCCCCCCCCCCCCCCCCCCCCCCCCGAGUGCUGACGAAGAGAGAACAAGAUUGAAACUAUACCACAUCACAGCAACAUAGUAGCAGGGGAGCAGUAUGAGAAUUGUAAAAUGAUUAAUAUUACCCCGUCAUGCAUACACGCGCACACACACUCCUUGUUCGAAGCAGUGCAAAUAUAGAAGAAAAGGGGUAUUGUUGAAGAAGAAGGGGAAGCGAUUAGAAUAUAAAUGGUUUGUUUUACUCGUCA